GUCAGUGUCAAAAAGUUUAUAAACAAAACAUUGUGCAAGCAAGGUGCCAGGUGCGAAGUGUGGAGAAUAUUUUAUUAUUUCUCUAUAUAUAUUAUCUUUGUUAAGAUUUUGUUGUUUUGUUAUUAUUAACAGUUUGAUUUUCAUAAUAUAGAAUGGCAAAAUUUAAACUGAAAAAGCAAUCGAAGCGACAGCCAGCACGUCUUCGCUACAAAAUAGAAAAAAAAGUAAGAGACCACAACCGAAAACUUAAGAAGGAAGCGAAAAAGAACCCUAAAUCGAAAAAACCUAAACCUGUGCAGAUUCCCAAUGUAUGUCCUUUUAAAGAAGAAAUUUUGAAAGAAGUGGAAGCUGUGAAAAAGCAUAAAGAAGAAGAGAGACUAAAGAGAAAGGAGAUGGCUAAGUUGGAGAAGCAGAAGAAAAUGGAGGAGAAAAAGAACAGCAAUGUUAGCAUGGAUACAUUGGUAGCAAAUGCACAGACAAGAGGUAAGGUACAUGAUGCAUUCAAAGCUGAUCAAAAUCAAACUGAAGACACAGAAUUGGGCAAGGACAGAAAACAGGAGAAUUCACUGAAGACUUACUACAGGGAAUUCAAAAAGGUCAUAUCUGAAGCUGAGGUCAUUUUGGAGGUUGUUGAUGCUAGGGAUCCAUUGGGAACCCGCUGUACACAAGUAGAAGAAGCAGUAAGGGAGUCAGGCAAGCGUCUAGUCCUAGUUUUGAACAAAGCAGAUCUUGUCCCCCGCGCGAACCUGACAGCUUGGCUCAAGUACCUCCGCCGAACAGCCCCGGCUGUGCCUUUCAAAGCUUCCACACAAGAUCAGCAGCACAACUUGGGAAGGAAGAAGAUGAAACAUAUUGUAAAGGAAAAGGAGAUGAAAGGUUCAUCAUGCGUAGGAGCAGAACUAUUAAUGAGCCUUUUAGGCAACUACUGCCGGAACAAAGGUAUAAAGACUUCGAUCACGGUGGGUGUGGUCGGUCUCCCCAAUGUUGGCAAGAGCUCUAUUAUAAAUAGUCUUAACAGAUCAAAAGCGUGUAAUGUUGGCAGCACUCCUGGUGUUACAAAACAAAUGCAAACGGUCCAGCUAGACUCAAAGAUAAAGAUUCUGGACAGUCCGGGCAUAGUGUUCCACUCUGGUUCGGACACGGACGCGUCCGUCGCGCUAAAGAACGCCGUCAGGGUGGGGAGCCUCAAGGAUCCUGCCACCCCAGCUACUGCUAUACUGCAGCGGGCUAACAAGCAUACUCUGAUGGAUCUGUACAGUGUUGCGGAAUUUAGCAAACCUCAAGAGUUCUUCGCUUCUCUCGCGUCUCGCAUGGGCCGCUUCCGGAAGGGCGGAGUGCCCGACCAGGACGCUGCCGCCAGGAUACUGCUCAACGACUGGAACACCGGCAAGGUGCGAUAUUUCACGGAGCCCCCAGAGACGUUGGACACCGACAUACACAUCGACGCGAAGAUCGUGUCGGCCAUAGCUCAAGAGUUUGACAUCAACUCAUUCGAAGCAAUGGAGACUGAAGCCAUGGGCGAGUUGGACGCGCAUAGGAGUGACGUUGAAGCCAUUAAGAUCGCAAGUACGGGACCAGUCAAAGCCAUGCUCGAAGACGAAAUGCAAGUUGACGGUGAAGAGUCAAGUAUACUCCCUAAAACUCUAAACAUAAGGUCGAAAUUAGACAAAAGCAAUCGAGCAAAAGAACGCAGCAAAACUGACCCAGAGAUGCUUCUAGAAGGGAACGUCAAACAGAAUAAGUUAAGGAAAAUGCAAUUCAAGAAGGACAAGAAGAAUAAAGCGAGGCAAGAAAAGAAAGCGGUAGAUUUGGCGGGCGUUCUGGAAAAUGUUACUCUAACCAGUUUUAAGAAAGAUGAUUACGACUUUAAAGAAGACUUUUCCUUGUAGUCUAUGAUCUUUCCUAGGUUAUAUUUUAAAAUAAAUAUUUAAAAAAUUAAGGUAA